UUUUAAAUAAGUGUGCUAUAAUCUAUUUAUUGAACAUGUGUAUAGGGUUUAAAAAAAAUUAGCUCAAAUAUUUAAGCCCCUCUAGCCAUCUCCUCUUUUUGCUCACACCUGCUUCUGGUAGGUGACCUAUCACAUAUAAGGAAAACCAAACUUAGACACUAGAGUGAAGCCAUGGAUGACGAGAGAAACCACAACACAUCUUCUUCGUCCCUCCCGUCUUUGUGUAAGCAACUGGCGAGCUCAACCCCUCGCGAAAGCCUGGAACUGGACAUUCCCGUCGUUGAUCUAAGCGUUUCUGAUGAAGAGUUCCUGAUGCGUGAGGUGACGAGAGCGAGUGAAGAGUGGGGAAUUUUUCAGGUGGUUAACCAUGGGAUUCCAACCGAGCUGAUGCGGCAGCUGCAAGCGGUUGGGAAGCAAUUCUUUGACCUGCCGGAGGCAGAAAAGGAAGCGGUGGCGAAAGAAGAAGACAUUGAAGGAUACAAGAGGAACUAUCUAGAAGGUAUUAAGGCUUGGGACGAACAUCUGAGUCACAGACUCUCCCCACCCUCUGUUAUCAAUUAUAAAUAUUGGCCUAAAAAUCCUCCCCAGUACAGGGAGGUGAAUGAGGAGUACACAAGGCAUGUGAAGAAGCUAACAGAUAAAAUUCUUGGUUGGUUAUCAGAGGGACUAGGGUUACCCCCCGUGGCGUUGUUGCAAAAUUUAGGUGGCGAAAUGGCAGAGUAUGUGAUCAGGGUCAAUUACUAUCAGCCGUCUCCAAAAUCGGACUUAGCCAUAGGAGCCGCUGCGCACACGGAUGUAGGGGCAAUCACACUCCUCAUCCCCAACGAGGUUCCUGGACUUCAAGUCGUCAAGAACGAACAAUGGCUUGACGUUGAGUAUAUCAACUCAGCUGUGGUUGUUUUCAUAGGCGAUCAACUCAUGAGGAUGAGUAACGGGAGGUACAAGAACGUGCUUCACAGAGCAACGUUGGAUAAGGAGAAUGUGAGGAUUUCAUGGCCGGUUUUUGUUGCGCCUAGGCAUGAUUUGUUAAUCGGGCCUCUGCCGGAGCUUACCGGAGACGAGAAUCCUCCCAAAUUCGAGACUUUGGUUUAUCAAGACUACUUGCACCAGACCUUUGAAAAAUGGGCGCUCGACAAGCUAUACAGUUCAUAAAAAGAAUCGUCUAUUGAAUUACCAUACGAACAAAGAAUCCUUCAAUAAAUUAUGAUGAACUGCUGUCCAAGUCUUUCGUAUCUAUUUUUUUUUCUUUUUUUUGCUAGUUACGUUCACAUGAUUACUGUUUUUUAUUUAAAGUGUUUUUUACACUUAAUGAAUAAUAAUUCUCACAAAUAACAUAAAAUUUGUCCA